AGUGUUGUUGAUCAGCGUCAGAAUCUCAGUAAUGGCGGACAUGCGAGCUUGCACGAUAAGAAUCACAUUCUUAUUUUAAGCCUUUACCCAUUGAUAUUACCUGUAAAGUUUAGUAAAGGCUGCUCAUGAAAGAGCUCUCUACAAAAGAGGAUAAGGAAGGUGUGCAGCUUAGUUAUGGCUUUGUCAGAAGGAUUGUUGAAACUGAGAUGGAACAACCAUGAAGCGACAUUCUGUCACAUACUGCAUAGGCUCCGAACUAAACAACGGUACUCGGAUGCAACUUUAGCCUGUGAGGGUCGUCUCUUCAUGGUGCACAGACUGGUGUUAGCCACAUGUAGUGACUUCUUUGAUGAAAUCUUUCAACAAACUCCAAGUGAUACCACUCGGGCUGUUAUUGUACUAAAUGAGGCUCGAGCACAUGAUGUAGAGUGCCUACUUGAUUAUAUGUACUGUGGUCAGGUUAAUGUGCGACAGGCCAACCUAGCAUCUCUACUGAAAACUGCAGAAUCGCUGAAAAUCAAGGGCCUGGCAGUUCCUGAGGCAAACUUUGGAAGCCUAAGCACUAAGCGAAGUCAGGACCAUUCUUCUUUUGAAAGCCCUUCACCAAAAAAGAAGCGAAAAAAGAAAAGUACAUCCUCGGGAAUGCCUGGUCUACCAUCCACCAAAGCAUCUGAGUCUCUCACUGUUGCUAAUUCUCCUUCAUCAUCACCUUGGAAUUCUGUAAAUGAGGCUCCUACACUGAGCUCUUGCCAGUUUUCUACUCCUUCCUCUCUUCCAGCUCCUGUAAUUUCCUCAUCUUUACCACUACUUCACACUACAUCAGUUAGCCAGUCUACCCCUUUGUCCAUAUCAACAAAGGUCACUACAUCAGCAUCAGAUGCAGAGAGGACCAAUCCAAAAACUGGGUGGCUACAGAUUGUGUCAUCAAUGCGUCAAGGACAAGAGAUGGCUCAGACACCAUGUGAGACAAUGUCAAGUCAAGCAACAAGUCCCACAAAACAAAAUUCUACACGUCCUAGGAAGACAAGAUCACCUAAACCAUCUGCAGUAGAUGCCUUCCCAAGCCAGUUUCUUCAGACAGAAUUCAAAGAAGAAGUGAAAGAUGAACCUUAUGAAGAAUCUGAUCUUGUGCAAGGUGAAGAGGAUAAUGCUUGGGAAGAGAAUGAGUCUCAACAAGAACCUGGGGAUAGUUGCAGCUACAGGCGCAUUCCUUCUCUAUACCCUCCACCAGGCCUACACCCAGUAGUGUCUGGCACCCCUGCUUCCUCUGUGUUGCCUCUAGGAAUGUUCCGCAUUGGUUCAUACAGUGCUCAAAGUGGUGGUCAAGCAUGGGAGAACACUGGCCAGCUGAGAAAGUCACCAGAAUCACAUGGGCAAGAAGCUCUUCCUAGUGCCAGUCAGCAGCCUGUGAGCCAAGCUAUCGUGUCACCCAAAUUGAUGCCUUAUGCCAUGUGCUCCAACUGUGGCACCAACAACACAAAGCUGUGGAGACGUAAUGAUAAAGGUGAGAUAGUCUGCAAUGCAUGUGGCUUAUACUUCAAACUACAUGGAGUUAAUCGACCUAGCCACCUCUUCCGCACUGCUCCCAUGACACGAAGGAGAAAUCCUAAGAAGAAAAAGGAAGCAAACAAUAGUGCUACUGAUCAUCUGGAUCAGGCUAUCAAUGCAGAUUCUUCCCAAGACAAGGAACAUGUGCCAGAAACAGACCCUCAGGAUGGAUUUGCUGUUCUAAAUGCAGCUUUAACACUCAAUUCCCUUCUUGCGAAAGCCAAAGCACAACAAUCAGAAACCCAGGCUAUUCAGAGAGCAACUCUUCCUAUAAUGACCAAGUUCCAGUUCAAUCAGUAUGUGGUCACUGUGGUCACUCUUGCCAAUAGAGUCCAUCAGAUGUCCCAAAUGAGUCACGUCCUCCUCCACCCCCUCUUCUCAAGAUCCCAGUCCCAGGUCAUGGACAUGAGGAAGUUGCUGUUUCACCAAGGGAACCCCCAUUGGAGCAUAAUUCACAAGACCCUGUAGAAUGCCAGACACAAGUUCUUAGUUCUCAUCCAUCACCUUUAUCACCUCCUCAUAUUCAAUCUGCUCCAACCUCACCUCAAGAGAGCAGUGAUGGAAGGAAAAUUAUUGCUCAGAUUUUAGAUAAAUGAGUGUGGUUAAUACUAUCUGUGUUUUUAUAGCUGAAUGUAUUUUCUUUAUGAGGUGCACAUAGGUGUUACUUUUGAUACCUAAGUGUAAAAGUAAAAGCCUUAGUAAGCAAGAAUCAUGUAGUUUUGGCCUACUCAGGGGAGUCAUGAUGCUCAUCAUGCAUGAAAUGAAAUUAUUGCUCAGUGUUUUAUUGAGUAAUUAUAAAAAGUAAGGUAUAAUUUCAAUUCAUAUGAUAUUUUGCAUGUUAGUAAUGUAAAUCCUAAUGUAUUUUAAAUAAUAAGAGAGAAUAUGACAUAAACUCAUUAAUAUUAAGCUUUCGCACAUUUGUCCUUGUCUCCUGUGUAACAGUGGAGUUUGUAAACUUGCCCUCACCACAUUAAUGAUUUUUUAGUUGAUUUGAUAUAUAUAUCAUGAAUAUAUAAAAAAAAAUAAUAAUCUUUUUAGACAACAGCUAAGUACUAAUGUGAUAAGAAUUUAAAUUCAUACAAAAUUUAUUUUAGUAUGACUAAGAUAUUUGCUUUUACAAUUUCCCUGUAGUUAAAUAAUUUUCUGGAAGAAUAAUCAGUCUCACUAAUGAAUAAAUAAGAUAAUAGUGUACCCAGUACAGAAGAACCAUUCAUAAACUUUAACACACACACACACACACACACACACACACACACACACACACACACACACACACACACACACACACACACACACACACACACAGGACUAGUAAUUCAAUUUUUACACUUGCUGCAUUCAAAGGAACUUAUAAAACUUGUAACAUAUAGCAGCCAAGUUGUACAUAUGCAAGAAAGGAAUAUUAAGAUGUUUCUUCCACCAUAAGUCUCCAACAGUGGCUUAACCAACCUAUCCCUGUUCAGUACAACAUAGGCUUUGCUACCAAUUUUGAUAAAUUACUUCAGGAGAUCAAAUUCAGUCAGUUACAGCUGUUUGGCACAUUGUCACUGUCAGAGUUCAGCUACCUCUGUGCUGUGUGCAUUAAAGCCAUGCUCCUUGCUGCUCUCCAUCACUUUUCCUGUAAGACAUUAAGAGUAUCUCCUUGCUUCUCAUCAGUGGUGCCAUCACCAUUACAAACUGUACCUUUCUCAGACAAUUACUAACUUCAGAACAAAGAGAAGGAAGCAAGGUAGGAAGUCUCUUGAUCCAGCAGGAAUUUCCUUCAGCAUCUCAGCUACCAGUAUGUCUCUCUGUAGCCUCCCCAUAUAAGUGAUGGCAUAAUCAUGUGAUCACACUAUAAAUCAGUGCACGUCUCACUGCCCUGUUCAUGGCUUUCCAAGGCUACCAAACUAUUUGGCAUAGUGGUUUUCAACACAUCUCAUCAAAAUGCGAUGACUUACUGCAUAAUGAAUUUAUAAAGACUUACAACACUGAAUUGGUUUAAUAGGGAUUUGAAAACUGAGAAAAAAAUACCAAGAGGAUAUUUGAAAAAAACAGGAUAUAACUUGAAUGAUGUGAUUCUUGAGUAUCCAGUUUAUAUGCAUAAUGUAUUGAUAUUGGCCACUCUUUUCCAUAACCAGUGAAAAUAACUUGAGGGCUGUGUAUGAUUUGUCUGAGAUCUCUCUCGACUUACUAGUGAGGAUGCAAAAUCUUUACAGUAUCAGCUAAAAAAAAAAAAAAAAGUCAUGUCCAUUUCCUACAAGCUGUUGAGUAGGGAUGAUUCAUUAAGCAAAUGCAUUGGCAUAAAGGAAUGGCAGUUGAAUGUACAGUGGCACAGAAGAGGGAGACAUAACAAAUAAAGUGAUACAUUUUAUAAAGUACUACUGGCUUUGAUAAUAUGACAGCUACAGUGAGUGUAACAUAUCACUAUAAGAAAAUAAUCUCAAAUAUAUUUUCUUGUCACUUUUUUUUUCUUUUUUUUUUAAUACUGAGCUUAUAAAUGCACUUAGGUUAAUUAUUACAAUAAGUUUUUUUUUUUUAAGUGAAUGUGUCUUCUGAGUAGAAAACAUAUUGCAGCUCAUUGAAGGUAAUGGUAAUUAUCUGAUUAUUGCUUAACUUUUAUUUAACAGUAGAAGAAUAUUUCUUAGUUUGUGGUGAUUUGCCAGUCUCUGAUAUACAAAUGCAUUCAUAAUAGAUUUUGUUUGACAGUUAUUUUAUUUGGUAUUUUUGGAUUCCCAUCUUUCAUUGUCAUGGGACAGUCAGCGAUCUUGUCAUAUUUAUUCAUAUGCAACUUUUUGUUGGAAAUUUAGAAAUUUUGUUAAAUUUCAGUUAGAGGAGUGUGAACUUUUCUACCCCACCAUGUUGCCUCUCCUACUCAGUUUCAUUUCUUUACAUUACAUUAUCUUUUAUGUAUGUAAACAAUAUUUGUUAUGAACAAAGAUAUUUGAACCUCAGCUGUGUGCAUUUUUUUGCAGUAUUUUAUUUUAGUGUUAUUGAUAAGUUUUGCUACAUAUUACAAUACUCUCCCACUUGAUUGUGGUAUUGUUUAGGAUCUUAUGUAAAAGGUCUUAUAUGUUAUAACAUAACCAUGAUUGUGAUGGUUUUGGUUCCAGAUAAAUAUAAGAUAGGAAAUUAUGGAUAUUCAUAUGCUUUAAUAAGAUAUUUUAAAUAUUUAUGUAAAUUUAAGCUGUGUAUGAAGGAUGUUGAAAUUGAUAAUUGUAGGUGUGGAACUUGUAACACAAAUGGGAAUGGUUGUUAAUUACUCAUUUAUAUUCCCAUAUUUUCAGUUCUAUUUUUGAUGGAAUGACUUGGUAAUGCUCAAUUUAUUACCUACUCUACUUAAGUUGUUUGCUUUAAAGUAAAGAUAUUAAAUAUUUCCUAUGGAUACCAUUAUUUUUUUAAAUUUUAGUUGCUGUUAGCAUAUAGCAUGGGAUCUCUAGUUUCUUUUCCAUAUUGUAAUAAAGCAUUAUAGUUUUUAUUUUCAAGUUUGCUAUAUUUCUUGUUUUUUGUCUGAUUGUGUUCUGCUGCAUCAUAUGAGGAAAAAAUUGCUAUAUUUCUCCUUUUUUGUCUGAUUGUGCUCUUCUGUUGCAUCAUAUGAGGAAAAAUUCUGAAUGGAACUGAAUCUUAUGUUUUUAUAGGUAUCUAAAGUAAUGUUUCAGGUUCAAAAGAUAUUGCUAAUAUGACACAAUGGAAAACUAAAGGAAACUUUUUUUUGUAUUUUAAGUCUACCAAGUAUGUAUAUAUUUUUUAUGUAUUUGUUCAUUAUUUAAAGUAAUUAUGAUACCUUAUUUUUAAGUACCAUAUAUUUAUAAUAAUUUAUCAUAUAUAUAUAUAUAUAUAUAUAUCCUGUAUUGAAAAUCUCUGCAUUGUGUACAUCAACUCCAAUUUUCAGAACAAAUAAUCUCAUGUAUAUUCAUUUUUUUUUUUUAUACAUAAAUAUUUAAACAUACUUAAUGAAAUAUUAUGUGUUAUGGCAGUAUGAAUUAAUUUGUAAGAACAGGUAUUCUUUUUUAUCUCAUGUCUUGAGCUGAUAAAUUAAAUUAAUUAAAUGUCUCACCAAAGAGAGUAAAGAGAUGAGAUUGGAGGCUGACAUAAGAUACAUAACUGUUUACUAAUAAAUGGCACAUUUAG